UUUGCAGAUCCACCUUUGGUCACAUUACGCUUGGGGUCAACUCUGACACCGGAUGAUAUCAAGGAAGGCGACGAUGUUUACUUCGAGUGUCACGUACAAUCGAAUCCUCAAUGGCGGAAACUCUUGUGGUUACAUAAUGGCAUACAUUUGGAACACAAUACCUCGGCUCGUGUCAUCCGGUCAAAUCAAAGUUUAGUACUGCAAAAGAUAACGAAACACUAUGCGGGCAACUAUGCUUGCAGUGCCAUCAACGAUGAGGGUGAAACGGUCAGCAAUCAAUUGCCAUUGCGUGUGAAAUACACACCCAUUUGCAAGCACUCGGAUCGCGUUAUACUAACUGGCGCCUCCAAGGAUGAGACAGUGGAAGUUGUAUGCGAGAUACAAGCGGAUCCUCCGCCACGAACAUUUCGCUGGAAAUUCAACAACUCUGGCGAAACUCUCGAUGUGGGCAGUGAACGAUUCAGCGUGAAUGGUAGCCGCAGCAUUUUAAAGUACACACCAGUCACUGAUCAGGAUUAUGGCACAUUGUCAUGCUGGGCAUCCAACGAGGUUGGCACACAGCAGCAUCCCUGUCUCUUUCAAGUUGUCCUGGCAGCUCUGCCGAAUGCCGUCAGCAAUUGUACCGUCUUCAACCGAACCGAGUUGAGUGUUGACAUACAAUGCAUACCCGGCUAUGAUGGCGGACUGCCACAAAUAUUUGUGCUCGAAAUGUUUUCAACACGCACCGGCGUCACCAGAUUCAACUUAAGCAAUCCUGAGGAAUCGCUAUUUUCAUUGGAAAAUUUGGAUACUUUAACCUCGAUGAUGGUGCAGGAGAAUAACUCUUUGCGUUUACGCAUUUAUUCGUACAACCAGAAGGGACGGAGUGCAGUGUAUCUUUUGCCCGAUUUCAUAAUUGGUUCAACAGCUUACAAGACAGACGACGAUGUAACACUGACAUUGUCACCGGUGAUUGUUGGCAGCGUUCUGACCAUCAUAAUUAUUGGUGUGGCCAUCGCGAUACGGAUAUUUGUGGUGACAUUUGUACACAAUUUGCGACGCAAUCGUCAACAUGGCAGCAAGGCAACGGCAGCCGGUGUAACUGCCCAACCAAAUGAUGUCUUUAAGAGUGGAAAUCUGGAGAAACCUCGUUGGCAACAUACAGACAUAAAGACAAAGUCAUCAGAGGAUUUGGUUGAAGAUGAACGUGAUCCGGACGUUAUACCCUCUCAAUAUGUUGGCGGCAGCAGCGCUGGCAGUAGCGGAAGCAAUGCCUCCAAUGUGGGCACCACCACAGGCAGCAGCACAUCCACAGCGGUGGUGGCAUCAUCAACAGGAGCAGGAGGAGCUGGAACAGGAGUUGCUACAGCUUCGGCCACAGUUGCUGGCGAAUUUGCAGCAGCCACGUCGGUAGUUGGCAAUGCUGGAGGUGGUGCAGGAGUCUCCAAAUGGUCACCCAAUGGCAAUAUUCAACCGACAACGACGACGACGACGACUACGAUGCUGUGUGGUGGGGAUCCAUCGUCGAGUGCAACGGUCACCUACAAUCAAAUCAAUGCGCAGAGGGCGCAACUCUUGGCUGCCGUGGCAGCUGCGGGUGGUGGAUGCAGCAGCACCGUUAUCUCGCCCACCAGCAGCAUGAUGGGCAGCCUGGGCGGUGGUGGUGGUGGCAAACCACUUGGUUUGAGUGGCACCAUAAUUGGUUCACCCACCUCACUCUCCUCGACUGCCACACUGGCGGCUCAUCAUAGCAGCGGUGUGGGUACCUUGCCACCUGGACUGGGUAGUGGCGGUGGCUAUAUACUGAAUGCUUAUGCCAGUGGACGGCUGCACCAUCCAUUGCAGCAAGUGGGUGGUGGUAAUACUGCUGGUGGUGGUAGUAUUGGUGUUACCCAUACCGCCACAUUGAAUCGACAUCAUCAUCAUAAUCAUCAUCAUCAGCUUCAGCAUCAGCAUCAGCCGCAACAUCAUUCGGGCUCCAGUCUGCUUCUGGGCAGCGCUGGCAGUGUUAUGGGCGUUGUGGGCAAGGCCAAUAACACAACAUCGACAACAACAGCAACCACCUCAUGCAAUUCCUCACAGGAUUUGGAUGAUAACAUCAAUAUAAAUGCUAUUAAGGAUUGCCUCAUGACACAGCGUGUGCCCGAGAGUUGUGUCUAAGCGCAUUCAACUUAUUGGCAAGUCGUAAGUCCUACCCCUCCCUUUUCCCCCACUAGACAUAUUGCUUACAUUUAGAUAGAUAGAUCUAUAAGUUAAGUCUGUAUUAUAGAGAAAUAUCCAUGUAAGUGUAUAUUGUAUUGUAUCUACAACAAAAAAUAGUUCUGUUCCCGUUAAGGUGCUGUGCAUAUCUUAAACUUAAAUCGUAACUUUGACUCUAGAAAAAAUCAAAGGUGAGCGGAAAACUGGCAUAUCUUUUCGAACACACAUACACAUACAUAUACAAACAGGAAAUGGAAACUCAUCAAAAGAAUGAAAACAUAUGCAUAACUAAAAGU